GUCCGAUACAUACGACACACUCGUUUAUGUUCAAGCGUGCUAUUAGACUAUACCAAAAUUGUAUGUUGUCUUCGCUCUGCGGUAAUUCCAAAUUUGCGUAGGUCCAUCGUCAAUAUUAAUGUCUGGAAUGCUUCUACUUCGUCGUCUUCCUCUUGGCAAACCAAAGCUUGAAUUUGCGCCUGUAUUUCAAUUUCUCUCUAGACUCCAUGGAUGCUCAAGCACCCCAUUCAAUGGAAUGUUACAGAACAAUAUGGAACUGUUGAAGUCUAGAAAGGGUCAUCAUGAAUUUAGAACCUUCUGUACUGUCCCAGAUUUGGCAGCAAAACAUUGUGUGCCUUGUGACUCAAAGGAUAUGCGACCUAUGAAUGAAGAGUUAGCAUAUCAAUUGAUUGCAAAGGUUCCUGAAUGGAAUUUGGUCAAUGAAGAAGGUAAACUGAAGCUGAGCAGGUCUUGGAAAGUGAAAUCUUUUACUAAAGGGUUGGAGUUUUUUCAGAUAGUUGCUAAUGUUGCUGAAGCAGAAGGUCACCAUCCCGAUCUGCAUCUUGUGGGUUGGAACAAUGUAACGGUUGAAAUAUGGACGCAUUCUGUUGGAGGACUUACAGAAAACGACUUUAUACUCGCAGCAAAGAUCAGCGCUCUUGACCUUGCACACCUUCAAAGGAUUAAGCCCAAGUAAAAGCUAUCAUAGUCCAUAGAUUUCUCAAAGCAGAUAACACAAACCAAGUUGUUCUAUCAAGUUAUGCACUCUUUUUCUUGCCGAGAACCCCUUUCGAUAUUACCGGAAUAAUUUCAGUUACUCAAAAUGUCUAUUAUGUAAUUCUGAUUCAUAUACACUGCUUGAUUUUAUAUACUUCAGAUAAAAAUUGUUCAUGUAUAACUUUUGUUUGUCGGUCGUUACUCCGAUACAUGAAUGAAUUUCUUUGUCUUGAAAUCUAAACCUGUAAUAGAGUGAUGUAAUGCAACUCCUGUAACAUAAUUUUGACAGCACUAAGGUUAAGUUUAAUGUUCUUCA